AUGUAUCCCACCUUUUCUCCUAGCAGCAUUGGUGGCCGGAGCGAGAACUCAAUCGAGAAGCCAUCUCUGCAGCUUCCAGCAACAUCCCAUCCGGAAUGGGAUGGAUUAAUACGACGGAGAUGGUCCAUUAUUUUCGCUGCUGUCGCGCUGGUACAAGCGACAAUUUGUCUGGCUUUUGAAAUUUACAUCUACGUGCGGUUCCAAUGGAGUCUGAACCCUCAGUUCCAGUCCAAUUUCGAGAAACAGAUCGAAGUGAUACCCAUUUUCUUGCCACUCUUCGUGUUCAUCUUCUGCUACGAAAAUGUCGUGGUAUGGGAUGCCCUGAUAGCCCAGAAUACCAUCCAGGUCAUCGGCGUGUGCAUCUCAAACCUGGUCCUGGCGGUUUAUACCAGCAUCCAAGCAGAACAGAUCAAGGAGUCAUUGCAGGUCAUGGAGAGCUCGGGCGCACUGAGACAGGGGCAGACCGCGGCCUCGUUGUUGAGCGAUACCCAGGCGUUCCUCAUUGCUAUCCCCUGCAUUAUGGCAUUGGCCACGAUCUUGAUGGCAUUCUGCACUUGGAAGGUCUAUCAAGAGUUUGCCUGGACGAUCCUCAAGCUGGUCGGCGCCGACUACCCGAUGAAGCAGCGGUACGUCUACUACCAGGUCUACAUCACGUUGUUGAAGUUCGACUUCUUCUUCGUGGUUGGAUUCCUGAUUCAGCUCGUUGGCGUCGUCACGAAGAAGUGGGAUCCUGAGUUUGGUCUCACCAUUGCCGCGAUCCCCAUCACGAUUGCCAUUCUCUUCGCUGCUGGGUAUUCCACGCACUAUGAAAAGAAAUGGGGCAUGGUAGCGACCAUGUUUCUCUAUCUCGGGGCAUUGAUCUACUUCAUCUUCAAACUGGCAAGGCUUUUCUCAAAUGACUGGCAGUUUUACUACCGUGCCGUCAAGAUGCCCUUGGCCACGUUUGCCAUUGUUGCCAUCAGCCUCAUCAUCUCGACGUUUUUCAACGCGUUGAUAUGCACUCUCAACUUCGGCCAGGGGCUGAAGGAGCAGUUCGGGGCUCGUAGAGCGAGCAACGCCAGCGGGAGCAGCGACCCUGCGAGUUUGGAGGAAGGAAACCGCCGGAUGACGAUACAUUAA